UGGCGUAGGGGCAGCCGGUCCGGUGGCGCCGGCUGCGUUCUACUCCGCCGCGUCCCGCGCUCUCCCUCCUCCCCGGGGCUGCGGCGGGGGCGGCCUGCGCUCCGCCCCGCCGUGCGGGGGUGUCUGAGCGCCCGGUAGGAGGCCGGCUGCUGCGUUGCCGCGGCCGCCCCGUGAGAGGUAGAAGCGGCGGUGCUGGGAGUGCCCGCGGGGGUUCCUCGGAGGGGCUCGGGGGCAGCAGCAGGAGGGAGGAGAAGAAAAAGGAGAGAGUGCGGGGGCUCGGGUGCCAGUGGAAGCCGAGGGGCUGACGUGACCAGAGAGGAGCGGGACGGCCGGGCGGCAGCCGGGCCAUGUCACUGCAGAGCCCGUCAGCAGCCACUGCUGCCGCCGACCUACCCGCCGGCCCCGGUGAGGGGCUGCCGGCGGGAGCAGAACUGAAUGAGGGCAGCGCGGCGCCCCCGUCAGCCCAGGAGGGCGGCGAGGAUGAGGAAGAAGAGGACGAAGAAGGAGAGAAAGAAAAGGAGCGAGAGGUACUGCCGCCCAUCCCGACAGGAUCCAGCGCGGCAGCCGGGGGGUUGGAAAGAGGAGCCAAAAAUCAGUUCUCCACUUUCAGCAGUUUCAUCACAAGUAUCAACCAAAAGAAAGAAGGCAUCGGAAACAGAAAUUCACCCACACAACUUGUUAUACCCAGCAUCAAAAAUGUGAGAGACCUACCACCCAUUUGCCUUGAUGUACGACAAAAGCAGCGCAUCUCUAUAGAUACACUACCCCAAGAAGUGAAAGCACCAAUUCCUCCUGAACCUUCCGUUCCCAUCCGAACCAAAACUGUGCAAGAUUUUCAGGAUGAUGUGGAAAAGGCUAAGUCAUCAGGAGAUUGGAAAGCUGUACAUAAUUUUUAUUCCACAACAUUUGAUUCUUUCCUGGAGAUAAAUGCUGCAUUUAAGAAAGACACCAGUUCUCCCUUUAAUACCAUUGAGGACUCUGGAAUCAAUGCAAAAUUUGUGAAUGUUGUCUAUGAUGCCUUAUUAAAUACUCCUCAAGAUGUUCAGAAGUCAGUCCUAAAAGGAAUAAUUAAUGGUUUGCUACAAGAAUGGAAGGGGCCGCGAACAAAAGAUGAUCUUAGAGCAUACUGUAUACUUUUACAGAAUCCUCAAUUUAGUAACACUUCUACUUAUGUCAUCUAUGCUCACUUGCUAAGACAGAUAGCAGCCUUAACAGAAGCUGACCAUCAUUUCCUAGUGCACUGGUCUAAAAAGAUUACACAAAGGAGGUUCAAGCAGCUGGUGGACAGGUUACUGCAAUUUAUUUCUUUGCGUCUGUUUCCUGCAAAACCUGAAGAGUUUCCACCUAUGGUGAAAUGUACCUGGUGGAUUCCAUCAGCAACCAAAGUCCUGUCUUUAUUUAAUGCUUCAAAUAGUCUGAUCAGUCCUCCUAUUAUUUCAUACACGGAUUUCUAUAAUUCUACACUCGAUCAUAUUGAUCUUAUGGAAGAAUAUCAUAACUGGCAAUGUUAUGGGAAUUCUCACAGGUUUUCUUUCUGUCAGUACCCAUUUAUUAUUUCUAUAGCGGCAAAAAAAGUUAUUAUUCAAAGGGACUCGGAACAACAGAUGAUAAGUUUUGCACGGCAAAGCCUUGUGGAUAAAGUCUCUCGCAGACAGAAACCUGACAUGAAUAUGUUGUUCCUAAAUGUGAAAGUAAGGAGGACACACCUUGUUAGUGACUCACUUGAUGAGCUAGCAAGGAAGAGAGCAGACCUGAAAAAGAAGUUGAAAGUCACAUUUGUAGGGGAAGCUGGUCUUGAUAUGGGUGGCUUGACAAAAGAAUGGUUUCUUCUUCUGAUUCGACAGAUUUUUCACCCAGAUUAUGGCAUGUUCACCUACCACAAGGACUCGCACUGCCACUGGUUCAGCAGCUUUAAGUGCGAUAACUAUUCCGAAUUCCGGUUGGUUGGAGCCCUUAUGGGACUUGCUGUGUAUAAUAGCAUCACCUUGGAUAUUCGUUUCCCACCUUGCUGUUACAAGAAAUUAUUAAGUCCUCCUAUUGUUCCAUGUGAUCAUAACACACUUGUAGGCAUCUGUGAUGUCACAUUAGAUGACCUGUUUCAAAUUAUGCCUGAACUGGCCCAUGGACUAAGUGAACUUCUGUCGUAUGAAGGCAAUGUUGAAGAGGAUUUUUAUUCAACCUUUCAGGUUUUUCAGGAAGAAUUUGGUGUUAUAAAAUCAUACAACUUAAAGCCAAAUGGAGAUAAAAUUCCAGUCACAAAUCAGAAUAGGAAAGAGUAUGUGCAGCUCUACGUGGAUUUUCUUCUCAACAAAUCAAUCUACAAACAAUUUGCAGCUUUCUAUUACGGAUUUCACAGCGUUUGCGCUUCGUAUGCGUUACUGCUGCUUCGUCCAGAAGAGGUUGAAAUUCUUGUCUGUGGCAGUCCUGAACUGGAUAUGUCAGCUUUACAGAGAAGUACCCAAUAUGAGGGCUACCAAAAAAGUGAUCUUACUAUACGAUAUUUUUGGGAUGUAGUACUUGGAUUUUCUCUUGACCUUCAGAAGAAGCUGCUACAUUUUGCUACAGGAAGUGAUAGAGUACCUGUGGGAGGAAUGGCUGAUUUGAAUUUCAAGAUUUCAAAGAGUGAAACAUCUACUAAUUGGUUACCUGUGGCUCAUACCUGCUUCAAUCAGCUUUGUCUCCCUCCUUACAAGAGCAAGAAGGAGCUGAAGCAAAAAUUGAUCAUUGGAAUUUCAAAUGCAGAGGGGUUUGGUCUAGAAUAAAAUGAGAUGCUUCAAAACCAGCAUUUUUAUGUAGCAUUCACUCUUCUAAUUGUGCCUUUAAGCUUUUUGUUGUUAUAUCUCUUGAUCAUCUGCCAGUCCUACCCAACUUAGCUUUUUUUUUCCAAUAGUAAGCAUAUGUUUUUUCUUGAAUGGCAAUACAUUUCCUGCUCGCUAUGUCACACAAAGUUGCUUUCUUCAUACAAAAAGCUAGUCUAUUUGAAGGAAACCCAACUAUGACAAUCCCUAAGAUGCCAUUUCUCUGUUUUUUCUUAAUAGCACUUUAUCAUUAAUCACAUUUCUUUUGACAUCGCAGGUAUUCCACUGGGAGAUAGUAUAUGGAAUAUUUAUUUAUUAGCUAGUCCCAGUGGCAGAAAGUUUUCAAUUAACCUGACUAAUAGAAGAAGAAGAGGAAAAAAAAG